GUUGAAAUAAAUGGUUGUUCACGAUUAACCUUGUGUGUGCUAAAAUAAUCUUAUUUCUCAAGUACUGUGUUUUCAGAUGCCGUGCUAAUUUGUUUCAGCUCCUCACAUUCUGUUUCCUCAAUUGCGGUUUUCAUGUCCAGUUCACUGGACACAUUACCCCGGGUUGCACGCUUGUGAAGCCCGAAGGAAGCCCGAAAUAUGCCGUGUUCAAACGUUGCAAGAAACGGAUGGUCUGUUUUGUCCGUGCUAAGGAACACGCUGUGUAAAAGAAAAGCGAUCAAUGCUGGCGAAAGCCAAAGGCUGUACUGCCAGCAUGUGAACAAGCACACCUGGAGAACGCACACAUGCGGGCAGCUACGCACCGAGGAUGUCGGAAAACAUGUCACACUUUGUGGGUGGAUACAGUUCAAGAGGAUGGACAAGUUUCUUGUAAUGAGAGACGCGUACGGCUCAACUCAAAUCAUUAUACCAGAAGAUGAACAAGCAAGUUCAAAGCUGCUGCAGUCUGUACCGUUAGAAUCGGUUGUUCAGAUCACAGGAAGGGUUAUAGAGAGGCCUGAAGAUCAGAAAAAUAAGAACCUUUCCACAGGAGAAAUAGAGGUAUUCUGUCAACAAGUUAAAGUGCUAAAUGCAGCGAAAUCAGACAUACCAUUUCAGAUACGAGAUUUUCAGAAGAAAAGGGAGCAGCUACGGCUUCAGUACCGGUACUUGGAUUUACGGUCACCCGAGAUGCAAAGGAACCUCCGGCUGAGAUCAGACUUUCAACAGCGGAUCAGGGAGUUCCUCGCACAUUCACGUGGUUUUGUGGAAGUGGACACGCCUACACUCUUUAAAAGAACUCCAGGGGGGGCACAAGAAUACGUGGUACCAACCAGGUUUCCCGGGAUGUUCUACUCGUUAGUGCAGAGUCCCCAGCAGUUUAAACAACUGUUGAUGGUUGGUGGAAUAGACAGGUACUUUCAAAUUGCUAGGUGCUACCGUGAUGAAGGUGCCAGGCCUGAUCGUCAGCCAGAAUUUACUCAGGUGGACAUUGAGAUGUCAUUUGCAAGUGCGCACGAUGUCAUGACACUGACAGAGGAUCUCUUAGUACACAGCUGGCCAGAUGACCUUGGUCCUAUUGUAGCACCAUUUCCAAGAAUGACAUAUCAAGAGGCCCUCACGCGUUACGGUACUGAUAAACCCGACCUUAGGUUCGACAUGGAGUUGCAGGAUGUCACAGACAUAAUGAAAGAGAGUGAACUGAAUGUGUUUGCGAAAGUAGGUCCCAACCAUUCCAUACGAGCCAUCGUCAUCCCUGGUGGGGCAAAAAUUUUCAAGAAAACUGACAUGGAGCAGUUCCGUGCAAUUGCAAGAGACCAAUUCCAACUUCAGGGAAUUGCCGAUAUACACGUACAAAGUGACUGCAGCAUUAAAUCACCUAUCAAGAAAUAUUUGCCCCCUGGUCUUCUGCAUAAGUUAUUUGAGCAGCAGCAUAUCAAGCCUCAUGAUACGAUUUUAUUGUGUUCAGGAGAGGCAGAGCGAGUGUGCCUGCUUAUGGGCAGGCUACGUGUAGAGGCAUUUAAGGUGUUAUGCAAAAAUGGCAUAGAGUCUCCACCAGCAAACAUGUUCAAAUUUGUCUGGAUUACAGACUUCCCGUUAUUUGCACUGGAUGAAAAUGGAAAAAUGGUACCGAAUCACCACCCUUUCACAGCUCCACACCAUGAGGACCAACAUUUAGUUUUCACAGAACCUCUAAAGGUGCGAGGCCUUCAUUACGAUCUAGUACUGAACGGCUGGGAAAUUGCAGGUGGUUCGAUACGGAUUCAUAAUGCCUACUUACAGCAACACGUCAUCACAAAUAUUCUGAAAGAGGAUCCUUCACAGUUGAGCCACCUUCUUGAGGCUCUUAACUCUGGUGCUCCACCUCAUGGAGGCAUCGCCAUAGGGCUGGAGCGACUCGUAUGUAUAUUGUGCAAUGGCCAAAGCAUUCGAGAUGUCAUUGCAUUCCCAAAGACCAUGGAAGGCAAAGACCUCAUGUGUGGAGUGCCAUCCAAAAUUACAGAGGAGGAGAUGAAGUUGUACAACAUAUGCAUCAGCAAACCGGACGACCAGGCAGAAAGCACAGCAGCCAGGAACGUGGUCGAACAGCACUGACACCUCAGUGCUAACCUAAUGUUGAUUAAAAAUUUUGAAAUCCAA